UAGAUUUUCCACCGUCUACACCGUCGUCGAUGUCGCAGGGCGUAUAACGAUGCGCUUGUAAAACCGCGGCUCCCGUGUUUCCCUAACACGACGAGAUACCACGUUUCGUUCUCGCAUCGACGUUUGGUUCGCGCGACUGCAGCUCGACGAGCAACCAACCAGGCGAGGAAGCAACCCCCGUUCGAGAGCAGGCAGCCGACGAACAACCGCCAAAAUGCCUGCCGUAAAGAGGGAAGCGGAGAAGGUGCCGGAAGAGCCGGUGCCGGUGGAGGAGGUCGUCGAAUCGACGUUAAACACCUUGAUGAGCACAGACAUGGAAAUGAAAGAAGGCACAGACGCGGAAGUAGUCACCGAGAGCGCAGGUAAAACGCUCGAAACGAAAAUUGAGGACCUCGGGAAAGAGCUUGCGGAAGAGAUGGGAAUACCAACAUGGGGCCUCGUUACGAUCCUAAUAGCCGUAGGCGUAGUAGUUCUCGGAAUCUGCUUCUGCUGCAUAAGAAGAUGCUGUCGCAAAAGGCGAUCCAAGGACGGGAAGAAAGGGUUGAAGGGAGCGGUGGACCUGAAAUCGGUGCAGCUGUUGGGCACCACGUACAAGGACAAGGUCCAGCCGGAUAUGGAAGAACUGACCGAUAACGCGGAGGAACCGGACGAGGCGGAGAGUAAGCAGAGCGAGGUGAAACUCGGGAAACUUCAAUUCAAGCUCGAAUACGACUUCAACAUGAACAGUCUGGCGGUAACAGUGAUACAAGCGGAGGAACUGCCAGCCUUGGACAUGGGCGGGACGUCCGAUCCGUACGUGAAGGUCUACCUGCUGCCCGACAAGAAGAAGAAAUUCGAAACGAAAGUGCACAGGAAAACGCUCAAUCCGGCCUUCAACGAGACUUUCACAUUCAAGAACGUCACUUACGGAGACGCGAUGAACAAGACGCUGGUCUUCGCCAUCUUCGACUUCGACAGGUUCUCCAAGCACGACCAAAUCGGCGAAGUCAAGGUGCCGCUCUGCCAAGUAGAUUUGGCCCAGACGAUCGAGGAGUGGAGGGAACUGCAGAGCGUCGAGGGCGAGGGCGGCCAGGAUAACAAAUUGGGUGACAUAUGCUUUUCGCUGCGAUACGUCCCCACGGCUGGUAAAUUGACAGUGGUGAUUCUGGAGGCGAAGAACCUGAAGAAGAUGGACGUUGGCGGCCUGUCGGAUCCAUACGUGAAGAUCGCUUUGAUGCAGAACGGCAAGAGAUUGAAGAAGAAGAAAACGUCCAUCAAGAAGUGCACCCUUAAUCCGUAUUACAACGAAUCGUUCACGUUUGAGGUACCCUUCGAGCAAAUACAGAAAGUGCAAUUGGUUGUCACGGUAGUCGACUACGAUCGUAUCGGCACCUCAGAACCCAUUGGGAAGGUCGUCUUGGGGUACAACGCGAGCGGAACAGAGUUGAGACACUGGUCCGACAUGUUGGCAUCCCCGAGACGUCCUAUUGCUCAAUGGCACACGCUUAAGGACCCCGAGGACGGCGACAAGAAGGACUAAGAGCGUUCAGUAUGUCCAAGUUAAGGUAAUGCACACCAAAGGUUCUAAGCAUAUACGACAAAUGUACAGAAGCAGUUUUUUCGUUUCGUUACGUUACGUUCGCUUUCGCCCCACCCACUCGACAAACUAUAUAUAUUUUCCAACGAUAACCCGUGGACGAUACACCCGUACGAGGCAGGAUUUUCUCUGGACAAAAGAAAGGAACGAAUGAGUUGGACAUAAAACGAACAAAAAUAUCGGGAUCGAUAGAAAACGGAUGCAACGAUCUACGACGGGUAAACCGAUCGUUUAUUCGCUGGGAUAA